CUCCUCCUCGCCGCCGCCCGCGGCCGUCCUGAUCGGGCGCCGGCGACCGCCCGCCACCGCCCCCGCCCCUGCCCCGCGCGGGAAAUGGCGUCCGCUUCGCCGGCCAAGUUCCUCUUCGGGUUCCUGCUGGUCUCCAUUGUGCUGUGGUUGCUCUUCAUCUUUGCUUCUCGAUUGGUCGCUUGGACUUUAAGCCGGGUUUUGGGAGCUUCUGUUGCCUUUAAAGUUGGUGGGUGGAAAUGUUUACGAGACAUUGUGGUGAAGUUUAAAAAGGGUCCCAUCGAAUCUGUGUCUGUUGGAGAAAUUAGAGUCAGCCUGAGACAGUCUCUUGUCAAGCUUGGGGCCGGUUUUUUUUCGAGGGAUCCCAAGCUACAAGUGCUGAUAUCUGAUUUAGAGGUUGUGAUCAGGCCUCCUAAUAAAAGCAAGCAGAAAGUCAAAAGUCGGAGACCCCGCACUUCAGGCAGGGGAAAGUGGAUGCUUGUAGCCAAUAUUGCAAGGUUUUUGUCUAUUAGUAUUACAGAUUUGGCAUUGAAGACUCCCAAGGCUACUGUUGAAGUAAAAGAUUUGAAAGUGGAAAUAUCUAAAGAUGGUGGCUCCAAACGUAAUCUGUUGGUUAAGCUGCAGAUAUCACCUAUUCUGGUUUACCUGGGUGAAUCACGAUUGAGCUGUGACCAGUCAUGUAAUCUCGAUGGUGACUCUUCCAACCAGAUGGCACAUGCUGGUAUGGAGAGGUCUUCUGCACCUUUGAGCUGUGAGGAGUUGCUUCUUUCUUGCGAGUUCGGUCAUGAUAGGGAAGUUGGUGUAAUUAUCAACAAUCUAGACAUCCAUAGUGGAGAAGUCAAUAUGAACCUGAAUGAGUCACUUUUUUCGAAGGACAAAAGGUCAUCUGAUACAUUUUCUACAGAGAUGGAGCGAACUAUUGAUUCUGCGGCUGGCAAAAAUCCACCCAGAAAACAAGCAGCACUUUCAAAGUACGGUUUGAUGUUUCCUGAGAAGGUUUCCUUCAGUUUGCCAAAAGUGGAUAUUAAGUUUAGUCAUCAAGAGCAUGACCUGCGUGUAGAGAAUAACAUCACGGGCAUUCAAUUUAGAUGCUUGAAAACUCGAUCCACGGAGGAUGUGGGGGAGAGUACACGUCUUGACAUUCAAGUGGAAUUCAGCGAGAUUUAUCUGCUAAGAGAAGCUGGCAGUUCUCUUAUGGAGAUUCUGAAGGUUGAUGUCAUAUCUCUGGUGUACAUUCCUCUAGAGCCAACAUUGCCAGUGAGAGCUGAAGUUGAUGUCAAAUUGGGAGGUACUCAGUGCAACGUAUUCAUAAGUAGAUUAAAACCGUGGUUGCAUCUCCAGUCCUCAAAGAAGAAGAAAAUGGUGCUGCAGGAGCCAACUGUGACAUCUAAGAGGUCACUAUCAUCAGAUUCUAAAGCUAUCAUGUGGACUUGUACUCUCUCAGCUCCUGAGAUAACUAUUGUGCUAUACAGCUUCAGUGGUUUGCCUCUGUAUCAUGGUUGCUCACAAUCCUCGCACAUCUUUGCAAAUAAUAUAUCUACAACAGGCCCUUCUGUUCACAUGGAGCUUGGUGAGAUAAAUCUGCAUAUGGAAGAUGAGUAUCAAGAAUGUUUGAAAGAAAACCUUUUUGGUGUUGAAUCAAAUUCUGGUUCCUUGAUGCACAUAGCUAAGGUGAGUCUAGACUGGGGCAAAAAGGACAUGGAGUCAUCGGAAGAAGACAUUACUAGAUCUAAAUUGGCUCUUUCAGUUGACGUUACUGGUAUGGGUGUUUAUUUUACCUUAAAGCGGGUUGAAUCCCUCAUAUCAACUGCUCUAGCUUUUCAAGCUCUUUUCAAAAGUCUUUCUGCUUCUAGAAAGAGAUCAGGACAGAGCCAAGGGGGCCGGGCAUCUAAGCAAUCAGGAAAAGGGACUCGACUCAUACAAUUUAAUCUUGAGCGAUGUUCUAUAAACAUUUGUGGUGAGGCAGGCUUGGAAAAUAUGACUGUUGCAGAUCCCAAGCGUGUGAAUUAUGGGUCACAGGGUGGUCGGGUCAUAGUUAGUGUUUCUGCUGAUGGUACUCCACGUAGUGCAACCAUAAUGUCCACAGUCCACAGAGAAUGCAAGACAUUGAACUAUUCUGUCACGCUUGACAUUUUUCACCUCUCUGUGUGCGUAAACAAAGAGAAACAGACAACCCAGGUGGAGCUCGAAAGAGCCAGAUCAAUUUAUCAAGAAAACAUGAAGGAGCAUCACUCUUCUACAGGAUUGACUGUAUUUGACAUGCAAAAUGCUAAAUUUGUACGACGGUCUGGUGGUCACAAAGAGAUUUCUGUUUGCUCCCUUUUCAGUGCAACCAAUAUUACGGUGCGGUGGGAGCCUGAUGUACAUCUAUCGCUAUUCGAACUUGUUCUGAAUUUGAAAUCUAUGAUGCAUCAUCAGAAGCUUCAGCAACUGGGUAGUAUCAGUAAUGAUGAUGUCUUUUCUCAGGGAAAUGUUCAUCAGAGUAAAGAAAUGGCUGAGGAACUGGGAAGAAGUGCCAAACACAAGAAGGAGUCUAUUUUUGCAAUAGACGUGGAGACGUUGACUGUAUCAGCAGAGGCUGGAGAUGGGGUUGAUGCAUUGGUUCAAAUUCAGUCUAUCUUUUCUGAAAAUGCCCGGAUAGGAGUACUCUUUGAAGGACUUACUCUAAGUUUUAAUGGGGCUAGAGUAAUCAAAAGCACCCGGAUGCAAGUUUCACGUAUUCCUAGUACCAGUAGUGCUUCAUCUGAUGUGAAAGUAUCUUCAGUUACUAAAUGGGAUUGGAUAGUGCAAGGUCUUCAUUUUCAUAUAUGUAUGCCAUAUAGGCUACAGUUGCGUGCCAUUGAUGACUCCAUCGAGGAUAUGUUACGGGCCUUGAAGCUUAUAGCUGCUGCUAAAACCAUGCUCAUAUUGCCAUUCAAGAAAGAAAGCUCGAAAUCAAAAAAGUCUAGUUUGUCGAAAUUGGGGUGUAUAAAGUUUGGCAUACGUAAACUGACUGCUGAUAUCGAGGAAGAACCUAUUCAGGGCUGGCUUGAUGAGCAUUAUCAGCUUAUGAAGAAUGAGGCUUUUGAGUUAGCUGUCAGAAUGAAGUAUCUUGAUGAAGCAAUGAAAGGCAACUUAUGUAGUAGAAGUGCAGAGACAAGUGAUGUUGCUCAAGAAAGAAAAUUUAAUAAUGAUGGAAUUGAAAUAGAUGGACAAGAUCCAUCUUCCUCGCGCGAACUCGAAGAAGGAAUAUACAAAAGGUCAUUUCAAUCUUAUUACCAGGCUUGUCAGAAGUUAAGACCUUCCGAAGGUUCAGGGGCAUGCAGUGAAGGGUUUCAGGCUGGAUUUAGGCCUAGUGCUGGCAGGACUUCACUUCUUUCAAUAUCUGCCACCGAUUUAGAUUUAAGCUUGACUAGCAUUGAUGGUGGAGAUGCUGGGAUGAUAGAUAUACUCAGGAAACUUGAUCCUGUAUGCUGUGAAAAUGACAUUCCAUUUUCUCGUCUUUAUGGAAGAAAUAUUCUCUUGCACACAGGUACUCUGGUUGUUCAGUUAAGGAAUUACACACAUCCUAUGUUCUCAGCAACUUCUGGUAAAUGUGAGGGCCGUGUAAUUCUGGCGCAGCAGGCAACAUGUUUUCAACCCCAGAUACACCAAGAUGUCUUUAUUGGUAGAUGGAGAAAGGUCUGCCUGCUUCGAUCCGUUAGUGGCACAACUCCUCCAGUGAAAACAUACUUUGAUUUGCCUAUAUAUUUUCAAAAAGCACAAAUUUCAUUUGGAGUGGGAUAUGAACCAUCUUUCGCUGAUGUGAGCUAUGCUUUCACUGUUGCACUUCGCCGGGCGAAUUUGAGCCUUAGGAAUACUACACCACAAAUUCAGCCACCAAAGAAAGAGCGGAGCUUGCCGUGGUGGGAUGAAGUAAGAAAUUACAUCCAUGGAAACAUCACCUUAUUCUUUUUAGAAACGAGAUGGUUUGUUCUUGCCACAACUGAUCCUUAUGAAAAGCUUGACAAACUUCAAUUUGUUUCGGGAUAUAUGGAGAUCCAGCAAUCAGAUGGUCGAGUUUAUGUUUCUGCUAAGGAUUUCAAGAUUCUUUUGAGCAGCUUGGAAAGUUUAGGGAAGAACCGCAGUUUAAAACUUCCUACAGGUUUAUCUGAUGCUUUCCUGGAAACACCAGCUUUUGCACUUGAAGUAACGAUGGACUGGGAGUGCGAAUCUGUCGAUCCACUCAAUCAUUAUUUGUUUGCGCUUCCCAAUGAAGGAAAGCCUCGUGAAAAAGUGUUUGACCCCUUCAGAUCUACCUCUCUCUCUCUCAGGUGGAAUUUCUCUUUUAGACCUCUUCCACAAUCUGAGAAACAAUACCAGUCUACUCAGGGAGCUGAUGUUGCUGUUGAUGAAACCAUCUGUGGUCCCCAUCCUUCUGAAAGUACUCCCAACGUUUCACCAACAUUCAACCUCGGGGCCCAUGACUUGGCUUGGAUAUUAAAGUUCUGGAGUAUGAAUUAUAAUCCUCCUCACAAGCUGCGCAGUUUUUCUCGAUGGCCUCGUUUUGGAGUUCCGAGAGCUGUCAGAUCAGGCAACCUUUCCCUAGACAAGGUGAUGACAGAGUUUAUGCUGCGAGUAGAUGCUACUCCUACCUGCUUAAAACAUGUCCCCUUAGCUGAAGAUGACCCUGCCGAAGGUUUAACAUUUAAUAUGACAAAGCUGAAGUAUGAAAUGUGUUAUAGUCGGGGGAAGCAGAAAUACACAUUUGAAUGCAAGCGUGAACCUCUUGAUCUUGUUUACCAGGGUCUUGACCUUCACAUGCCCAAGGCAUUUUUGUAUAAAGACACUGAUAAUGGUCCCAUUUUUGCAAAAGCAGGUCAAGGGACAAGGAAAAAUUCGCAAUCCAUAUCCAUGGAUAGAGUUCCUAGUGAGAAGGGCAAUCGUGUAAUUAAUUGCACCGAGAAGCAUCGUGAUGAUGGUUUUUUGCUGUCAUCUGAUUAUUUUACCAUACGAAGACAGGCCCCAAAAGCUGAUCCUGCCAGGUUAUUAGCAUGGCAAGAGGGUGGCAGGAGAAAUCUUGAGAUGACCUAUGUCAGGUCUGAAUUUGAAAAUGGAAGCGAGAGUGAUGAGCAUGCACGAUCUGACCAGAGUGAUGAUGAUGGAUACAAUGUGCUAAUAGCUGAUAAUUGUCAACGUGUGUUUGUUUAUGGCUUGAAGCUAUUGUGGACAAUUGAGAACAGAGAUGCUGUUUGGUCUUGGGUUGGUGGAAUAUCUAAAGCAUUUGAGCCUCCCAAGCCUUCUCCUUCACGGCUUUAUGCGCAAAGGAGGUUACAUCGGGAAAACCAGGCAGAUGAUGGAGCUGAUGUGCAUCAGAAUGAUCAGGGAAAGGCUUGUUCUUCUGGCCAUAGUGGGAGUUCUCCUUCCACACAACUUGCAGAGACUUCAGCAUUGCUUUCAUCUCCAUCAUCUUCAGUCAAGAUAGAGAAUUCAGCGUCUGCUGCCAUCGUGAUUAAUGGAAGUACAAAUGAUUCUGAGGAGGAGGGCACGCGGCAUUUUAUGGUGAAUGUUAUUGAGCCGCAGUUUAAUCUACAUUCGGAAGAAGCCAAUGGUAGGUUUCUGCUUGCUGCUGUUAGUGGCCGUGUUUUGGCACGAUCCUUUCAUUCUGUUCUCCAUCUUGGGCAUGAAAUUAUUGAACAAGCACUUGGAUCUGCAAAGAUAAACGUUCCAGAUUCUCAACCUGAAAUGACAUGGAAACGCAUGGAGCUCUCUGUCAUGUUGGAGAAAGUCCAAGCUCAUGUUGCACCUACUGAUGUUGAUCCUGGGGCCGGACUUCAGUGGCUCCCAAAAAUUCUAAAAAACUCAGCUAAAGUGAAGCGAACUGGUGCUCUACUUGAAAGAGUUUUUAUGCCAUGUGAUAUGUAUUUCCGCUAUACAAGGCACAAAGGUGGGACUCCAGAUUUGAAGAUGAAGCCCUUGAAAGAGCUUGCAUUUAAUUCUCAUGAUAUAACGGCAACAAUGACUUCUCGCCAAUUUCAGGUUAUGCUGGAUGUGUUGACGAAUCUUCUGUUUGCGCGUCUCCCCAAGCCUCGGAAAAGUAGUCUGACAUACCCAAUUGAUGAUGGUGAUGAAGAUGUUGAAGAGGAGGCAGAUGAAGUGGUUCCUGAUGGGGUGGAAGAAGUAGAACUUGCGAAAAUCAACCUGGAGCAGAGAGAGUGGGACCAGAAGUUGCUAAUUGAUGACAUUAGAAAAUUGUCUCAUAACUGUGAAACUUCAGGGGACCUACAUCGAGAGAAAGAAUUUGACUUAUGGAUGGUAAAUGGCGGAAAGACUGUUUUGGUUCAAAGACUUCAGAGAGAGCUUUUAAAUGCACAAAAAUCAAGGAAGGUAGCAUCUUUAGCACUUAGGGCGGCUCUACAAAAAGCCGCCCAGUUACGACUAAUGGAGAAGGAGAAGAAUAAAAGUCCAUCAUAUGCUAUGCGUAUAUCUUUACAAAUCAACAAAGUGGUUUGGAGCAUGCUUGUAGAUGGUAAAUCUUUUGCCGAGGCUGAGAUAAAUGACAUGAUUUAUGAUUUUGACCGGGACUACAAGGACGUUGGCGUUGCUCGUUUUACGACUAAGUACGUUGUUGUUAGGAACUGCCUGCCUGAUGCCAAGUCCGAUAUGCUUUUAUCUGCGUGGAAUCCUCCACCUGAAUGGGGAAAAGAGGUCAUGCUUCGGGUCGAUGCAAAACAAGGAGCUCCCAAGGAUGGGAAUUCUCCUCUUGAACUUUUCCAGGUAGAUAUUUACCCCCUCAGGAUCCAUUUGACCGAGACAAUGUACAGAAUGAUGUGGGAAUAUUUUUUCCCUGAAGAGGAGCAGGAUUCUCAAAGACGACAGGAAGUCUGGAAGGUUUCAACUACUGUCAGCUCCAAACGGGCGAAGAAAGGCUCCUCUCAGGAUGCAUCAACAUCAAAUGUUUCCUCAACAAGAGAAUCUGAAGUUACUUAUAAAUCUACUGUCCCUACAGUACCCUCAAAUAGUCAGUCCUCUCCAGCAGAUACACUGCAACCGUCUAAGGUGCAGAACUUUAAAGCAAACCUCGUCUGUGGUACUACCCCGGAAUUGAGAAGGACAUCCUCCUUUGACAGAUCAUGGGAAGAAAAUGUUGCAGAAUCUGUUGCCAAUGAACUAGUUUUACAGCUUCACUCUUCAGCCAUUUCUUCCUCAAAGAGUGGGCCACUUGGUUUUGCCGAGCAACAAGAUGAAUCUUCUCGAAACAAACUCAAGGAUUCAAGACCCGCCAAAUCUGGUCGGUCAUCUCAUGAAGAGAAGAAAUUAGGAAAGUCACACAAUGAGAAAAGAUCUAGACCGCGAAAGCUAAUGGAGUUUCACAAUAUCAAGAUCAGUCAGGUGGAGCUGUUGGUAACUUAUGAAGGAUCGAGAUUUGUUGUGAAUGAUCUUAAGUUGCUCAUGGAUACAUUUCACCGUGUGGAGUUUACUGGCACAUGGAGACGACUCUUCUCGCGAGUGAAGAAGCAUAUUAUCUGGGGAGUCCUGAAGUCCGUGACCGGAAUGCAGGGUAAAAAAUUCAAAGACAAGGCACAUAGCCAGAGAGAGCACAAUGGGACUGGUAUUCCUGACAGCGAUCUAAAUUUUAGUGAUGAUGAAGGAGGUCCGGCUGAGAAGAAUGAACAGUAUCCUAUAUCCUGGCCUAAGCGUACCAGUGACGGAGCAGGUGAUGGUUUUGUUACUUCCAUAAGAGGCCUUUUCAACACCCAACGUCGCAAGGCAAAGAAGUUUGUUCUACGGACAAUGCGGGGUGAAGCAGAAAAUGACGGUGAAUGGAGUGAAAGUGAUUUGGAGUUCUCUCCAUUUGCUAGGCAGCUCACCAUAACUAAAGCAAAGAGGCUCAUUAGGCGACACACGAUGAAGUUCCGCACCAGAGGGCAGAAAGGUUCAUCGUCACAAGCAAGAGAAUCCCUUCCGUCUUCUCCAAGGGAGACUACAGCGUUUGAGAGCGACUCUUCCAGCGGAUCCUCUCCCUAUGAAGAUUUCCAUGAAUAGAAAUGCAUUAUUUAAGAGCACAUGAAGCCCUUGAAUCUUGCUCUUAUCAGCGGGGAGAUACCUGUCUGUGCAUGAUUAAGAAGAGCAAGUAAAAAAUUUUGAAUUGCGGCGGGUUGAGACAUUUUGAAUUAGUUAUAUCCGUGGUAAAUUAAUUGUCUAGGUUGAGCGAGUUUCUCACAUACUGCUCAAUUACCUACAACAGAUCACUUAUUUGUUUGUAUAUUGUUGUAGCUUCUUGUUAGGAAAGUAUACGAGCUCGCUAAUGAGCAAAGUUGUAAAAUUUUGUAUGUAAAGGAAUUCACAUCAUUGGAAAUAAAUGAGAAGUCCCACUC